GCCAUUGUUAGACACGUGCACGGGACGGGACAGCUAACUGGAGGCACCGGUGUUAUUAUCUCUUUUUUUUCUCCAAUUCACGGCAAGGACAGACACUCCAGGGCAUAGCAGUGGUGUUAGGACAUGGAGAAUGUGAAGUUCUGUGAGGCGUCCCCACACCAGGUGCAGGAGGCGUGGCAGAUCGGGCUGGCGGCGGGCCUUGGGGUGUACGGCGUGCUGUACGGCCUAGGCCUGAUCCUCACCUACAGUCACGUGCUCAUGCCAAUCUCCUACUGCUGUCAUGGUCAUGUGGCGCGGCUGGUGCCAGCGUUCACUCUGGUGGUGCUGUGGCCUUUCUGGCGGAUGCCCAUAAAGAGCGACAUGGCCUGGUGACCUGUGACCCCUGGAGUGGCUUACAGUGGGUGACUUUCUUGGUGAACCUGUGUUUCAUGGUGCGCCUUGGGAUAAACUUUUGUGUCACCUACCAGCCCCAGCUGAUGGCCACAGUAGUGGACGUGUGGCUCUUCACACAGGCAUGCUUCGCCCUUCACAACGGUCUCAACAUGUAUGCCUUCACGUUCCUGACACUGAUUAGGUUUUUCCACACUGAGUGUCUGAUGGCUUGGAGUCGUCUGAACACACUGGUGCGUACGGCCUUUGGUGUAGUACUGGUGACGCUGGUGGUGGCCGGUGCGCUGCAGGUGGCUGAGGAGCAUGACACCCUGUACGGCACCCACAGCACAGCACAAGGCACACUGCAGCCCAUCCGUUCAUUCUGGAGCUACGAGUACUGGACAGUUGUGACUGUGUCCACUGUUGGUUACGGAGAGAUAACACCCUCCACCAACGCUGGCAAAGUUGUGGCAACCAUUGCUGUGGUGGCGGGUGUUGUGUGGUACGCUGCUGUCGCUGGUAGAAUGAGUGUUGCAUUGAAGGAGUAUAUCCGCGAGGCACGCUAUCCUCCGCCAGCAUCGAGCCGUCCACGCAUCAUCGUGUUGAGCGAGACUGAUCCCAAACACUUGAGCUGUCUACUGAAGGCUGUCGAGAAAGAUAAUGACAAAGAUGUAGAGGUGAUUGUAUUGACGUCUGCUGAAUUAGUACCCUGCUACCUCCAGCUCACCGGUUUGCUGCCCAUUAAAGUGAUCUCGUCCACUGAUCUACAACAGGACCUGACCAGCCUGCUGUCUGGAGCAGAUAACAAACGGUACAGCAAUGUACGCCAGCAUGAUGCUGUUGUCCUCUUCAGUGAUCAUGAGGCAGAGAAUCCAGAGACUGAAGACGCUCGUGUGCUCCAGCUAUUGGUGCAGGCAAGAGCCAGUGUUCCUGGCAGACGAUUUAUUGUGCAGGUGCUUCUAAGUUCCAGCCGCCGUGCUGUGCAGCAAACACCUUGUUGGUCUACACGAGAUGUUGUUGUAUGUAUGGAAGAACUGAUUGUUGAUUUACUGGCACAGGCUGUGGUCUGUUCAGCUGUAGGGCCCUUCAUGUCCAGCUUACUGCAGGCCCCGACUGCCUAUACUGUGAAGAAAGAUCAACGCCCCAUGCACCUCCGCUUGCAUCAACCCAGCAGCUCCACUUCUCAGGUGGAGGAUUUUGUGAAGGCAGCUCUUGAGUUGUUUAGAAAGCGGGGCGACCUCCUACUGGGCUGGCUCUUGCCUGAGACACAAGACUUCGAGCUCCUGCCUGCUGAUCUCCCACCUGGUGUGCAGUGGGUGGUCAUUUCUGCUGACACUGACUCCCCAGAAACAUCAUUACCAGCCAUUAAAUCUGAUAAGAUUGGAAACAUUUGCGGUUAUCCUGUGGAAGUGCAUGUGGUGGUGCGUGGGGCAGAGCCUGGUCGCAUGGCCUUGGAAGACGCCUUGCAAGGGUUUGUCAACGUGAGCUUGUUUUCAGAAGCGGAUUGGCGGUCUGCCUCCACCGUGGUAAUGACCACUGCAGGGAUGCCUCCCAGCUACACUAUUGAAGCCCACUGCCAGCGGAUCAUGGUGAAGCAGCCAGCAAAGGAUCCACUGCAGACCAACCACAUGCGCUUUGUAACGGACGUGCACCCUGGCCAGGGCCAAAGGGCGUGGGAUGAGCGCACCACAGGUGAUGUGAUCAGCAAGUCCAUUGUGGUGUGGGCCACUGCUGCUGCCAUCCUGGAUCGCACCUUGUACUGGGUUUGGCGGCGGCUGGCGGCAAGCAAUGCUGUGGUGAGUAUGGAGGUGCUCCUGAACUGUACCUAUUGGGAAGCCUUCCAGGAGCUACUGUCUGACCGACUGUUGCCUCUGGCGGUGAAAGUAGGCGAUGGGGAUGACAGCUGCAUCAUUAAUCCCUCAGCUUUAUUGCGGCUCACACCAGGGAACAUGUUACUGUGCCUGCAGAUCAGCCCUGCUAUUAAAGCCUCUCUGUCAACUGUCACUCUCUCCCAAGGCACCAGGCACAACUAGCAAUCCUUUUCACUGUUUGGAUGAAGCUGCGUCCGUCCCACCAGUAUCGUCCAUGUCACAUACCAGGGAACACCACUUGCGUCUCUAACAUUUCACCUCAACGGGAGGCCUCCGUUCCGUGCAUUAGGAGUAUUCCGUUGUGGGGAGGUACGAGUAUGUCCACCGGGACGGAGAAGUUUGUCCUUUUUCGUUUGGUCAGAGUUUGAAGUGUAUGGCGUGCCGGUAGCUGCAGUGUUACCUCAGUGUGUUGACUUCCAGUGUGUGUUGCGCCGCGCCUUCACCUCGGGCUCCUCACGGCACAGGUGGUCCAUCCGCCCUGCUGAGGACACCCAUCCAAUCCGAUCCUCUUCAUCUAAGGCCUCUUGUAUUAACCUGCCUAUGCUCUCUCUCUCUCUCUCUCUCUCUCUCUCUCUCUCUCUCUCUCUCUCUCUCUC